GUCUAGCAGCACCGGAAGUGCCCCACGGAGGAAAAGGGAAACGACCCUGCUGCAAGUUCCCGGGUGAAGGCAGCGAUCCGCGGGUCCGGAAGAACAAUUGGCGUCCGUUCGCCAGUAACGAGUUUUCGAGACAGUGAGAAACACGAGCUGGGGCAUGGAUAGUCGCUUGCAGGAGAUCCGGGAGCGACAGAAGUUACGGCGGCAACUCCUGGCUCAGCAGUUGGGAGCUGAAAGUGCAGACAGCAUUGGUGCUGUGUUAAAUAGCAAAGAAGAACAGAGAGAAAUUGCUGAAACAAGAGAAACUUGCAGGGCUUCCUAUGAUACCUCUGCUCCAAAUGCAAAACGUAAGUGUUUGGAUGAAGGAGAGACAGAUGAGGACAAAGUGGAAGAAUAUAAGGAUGAACUAGAAAUGCAACAGGAAGAAGAGAACUUGCCAUAUGAAGAAGAGAUUUACAAAGAUUCUAGUACUUUCCUUAAGGGAACGCAGAGCUUAAAUCCUCAUAAUGAUUACUGCCAGCAUUUUGUAGAUACUGGACAUAGACCUCAGAAUUUCAUCAGGGAUGUAGGUUUAGCUGACAGAUUUGAAGAAUAUCCCAAACUAAGGGAACUCAUCAGGCUAAAAGAUGAGUUAAUAGCUAAGUCUAACACCCCUCCAAUGUACUUACAGGCAGAUAUAGAAGCCUUUGAUAUUCGAGAAUUAACACCCAAAUUUGAUGUGAUUCUUCUGGAACCUCCUUUAGAAGAAUAUUACAGAGAGACUGGCAUCACGGCUAAUGAAAAGUGCUGGACUUGGGAUGAUAUUAUGAAGUUAGAGAUAGAUGAGAUUGCAGCACCACGGUCAUUUAUAUUUCUCUGGUGUGGUUCUGGGGAAGGCCUGGACCUUGGAAGAGUGUGUUUACGCAAGUGGGGUUACAGAAGAUGUGAAGAUAUUUGUUGGAUUAAAACCAACAAAAAUAACCCUGGAAAGACGAAGACUCUAGAUCCAAAGGCUGUUUUCCAGAGAACAAAGGAACACUGCCUUAUGGGGAUCAAAGGAACGGUGAAGAGAAGCACAGACGGGGACUUCAUCCAUGCCAAUGUUGACAUCGACUUAAUCAUCACAGAAGAACCGGAGAUCGGCAACAUUGAAAAGCCUGUGGAGAUUUUCCAUAUAAUUGAACAUUUCUGUCUUGGCAGAAGACGUCUCCAUCUGUUUGGGAGGGAUAGUACAAUUCGGCCAGGUUGGCUUACAGUUGGACCAACACUUACCAAUAGCAACUACAAUGCAGAAACGUAUGCCUCCUAUUUCAGCGCCCCGAAUUCCUACUUGACUGGGUGUACAGAGGAAAUAGAGAGACUGCGACCAAAGUCACCUCCUCCCAAAUCCAAGUCUGAUCGGGGUGGUGGUGCUCCCAGAGGUGGAGGGAGAGGAGGGACUUCUGCUGGCCGGGGCCGAGAGAGAAAUCGGUCCAACUUCCGUGGAGAACGAGGAGGUUUUCGGGGUGGCCGAGGAGGAGCACACAGAGGUGGCUUCCCUCCUCGAUAAGUUUCAGAGACACGGGUCUCUGGUAGUGCAGCUCAAAACUCCCUUGUGGGGUGCUGACUGUCAGUCUUGGUUCCAGCUUACUUUUGCUUCUCCAUACAGCCAGGAAUAUUCUAGCAAACUCCCUUGCAUUUGGCACACACACAGUCCAAUUCUGUACCUCAAAACUAGAUGGUCCUUCCGGAUGAGCCUGCCUUGGGUGUGUAACUGAACAAAGUGCAGGGGCACAAGUAGUUUUACUUUAGACUGAAGUUAUCCUGAUCUCAUCCACAGUUUUUGCGUUUUAGGAAGAGUAAAAAGUGCAAAAGAUCUUUGCAUAUAAGCGCCUGCAGGCAGGGGUCAACGUGUGCUGUCCCAGUACUGGGACACUGAAGCCUCCUCCAGGGUGCUUGGGACGAGUGGGAAGCUUUGGUCUGGCUUUAACACUGUCUUAUUUAAACAAUAAAAAGCACACUUUUUUCUUCCUUUAAUGAGAAUUUUAGUAAGUACGUAUGUCAUUGGAGUACCAAAGACAUUGACAGAACAGGAAUGUGAGGCGGAGCUCCCACAAGCGGUGGUGGGAGAGGUAGGGCUGUGUAGGCAGAGGUCAGAAUAGAAGCCCGUUCUCAGGCCUUUGCUGUGGCUGCAGGUAGCCUGCCCAUCCUGAGGAGGCGGAGGCAGACGAUGCCAAGCACUGAGGCUGCUGCCGACUUUCAGGCCAGUACUCGCCCAUCUUUCUUUUCCUCAAAAGUAACAGAGGCAACAACAGAUAUCUGAAUAUUUGUUAAUGAGGUUAUAACAUAAAUCUUGUAGCUUGUUAUUAGGAAAUCCAUGUACCUGGGCAUCAGUGGUUCAUGCCUAUAAUCCUAGCUACAAGGCUGAGAUCUGAGGAUCAAGUUUCAAAUUCUGCCCAGGCAGGGAAGUCCAUGAGACUCCUAC